AUGUUUAUGUACGCUCAGCCAGAUUAUGGCUGGCAACAACAUACAUCAUGGCACCCACUUUUGCAUCUAUCGCAAAAAAUGUCGAUCACUAUGAGCAUUGCGCUCUUCAUGGGUAAAUUCUACAUAUUGCAUGUUGAUAAAGACGAGAAAGGAAGCGCUGACACUCGUAACGUCAACACUACAAUGACAGGUCCACCUUCCGAUGACUUGCUAAGAAAUAUCUUUCUCACUACUCAUAACAACUACAGAGCCAGAAUCGCUAGAGGAGAAACUGAAAGAAAUGGUCGGAGUGGGGAAAAUGCUCCACCGGCAUCGUUGAUGUACACAAUGAGGUAUAGCUUGGCUGCCGAAUCGUAUGCGCGACGACAUGUAGAGCGUUGCGACAAAAGACAAUAUUAUGAGUGGGAGUUGCCUGGACAUAGAGAAAAUGUGCACGUUCUUGAAAGAAACGAUAUCAAUUCAGAAAGAGCAGCAUUAUUGGCCAUGAAUGACUGGUGGAGCGAAUUGAACAGAUAUGGUGUUCCUUCCAAUAUGAUAUACACUGCAGAUAUGCAUACUCGUUCGAGUGCACCUGUUAGGUCCUUUACAAAGAUGGCUUGGUGGAAAAACACGGAACUUGGAUGUGCUGUGAAAAACUGCACCACAUUUUUUUUCACUUCCUGCAUAUACGGACCGGGAGGUAACGAUGUUGGGAGGCCCAUUUACAACGUGGGUGCCGUCUGCUCAGGCUGCUCGUCUGGAUGCCAGCAUGGGCUUUGUCCAUUGCCACAUUCAUAG